UUUGCCAAGAAAAUGGUUGGUUUGAUCUUGGAUACAUACCGUCCAUGCUGAUGGGACAGGAUCCAAUAUGAAUAUAAGUGAUGGAGGAAGACGACGCUUUGAGGAUAAUGAACAUACAUUACGUAUAUAUCCUGGGACAAUUUCAGAAGGAACAAUCUAUUGUCCAGUUCCUGCCAGAAAAAACUCCACAGCUGCUGAGGUGAUUGACUCUCUUAUAAACAGACUUAAUCUAGAGAAAACAAAAUGUUAUGUCUUAGCAGAGGUGAAGGAAUUUGGUGGAGAAGAAUGGAUACUCAAUCCAACGGACUGUCCCGUUCAGCGGAUGAUGUUGUGGCCCCGGAUGGCUCUGGAAAAUCGUUCAAGUGGAGAGGACUACCGCUUCCUUCUGAGAGAAAAAAACCUUGAUGGAUCUAUUCAUUAUGGCAGCCUUCAGUCAUGGCUACGGGUAACGGAAGAACGUCGCAGGAUGAUGGAACGGGGUUUUCUUCCACAGCCUCAGCAGAAAGACUUCGAUGAUUUAUGUAGCUUACCGGAUUUGAAUGAGAAAACACUCUUAGAAAACCUACGAAAUCGCUUUAAGCAUGAGAAAAUUUAUACUUACGUUGGCAGUAUUCUAAUAGUUAUUAACCCAUUCAAAUUUCUUCCUAUUUAUAACCCCAAAUAUGUCAAAAUGUAUGAUAACCAUCAGUUGGGAAAACUUGAGCCCCAUAUAUAUGCUGUGGCUGAUGUAGCUUACCAUGCAAUGCUUCAGCGCAAAAAGAAUCAGUGCAUUGUGAUUUCAGGAGAGAGUGGUUCUGGGAAGACUCAGAGCACAAACUUUCUUAUUCACCACCUUACUGCCCUCAGUCAGAAAGGAUUUGCCAGUGGAGUUGAACAAAUUAUUCUUGGAGCUGGACCAGUACUUGAGGCCUUUGGAAAUGCGAAGACUGCUCAUAAUAACAAUUCCAGUCGUUUUGGCAAGUUUAUUCAAGUAAAUUACCAGGAAACAGGCACUGUACUUGGUGCCUAUGUUGAAAAAUACCUAUUGGAGAAGUCUAGACUCGUUUAUCAAGAGCAUAAUGAACGGAAUUACCAUGUCUUCUAUUACCUCCUGGCAGGAGCAAGUGAAGAAGAGAGGUUAGCAUUCCACCUUAAACAACCAGAAGAGUAUCAUUACCUCAAUCAGAUAACAAAGAAACCCCUCAGACAGAGCUGGGAUGAUUAUUGCUAUGACUCUGAGCCGGAUUGCUUCACAGUGGAAGGAGAAGAUUUGAGGCAUGAUUUUGAACGCUUACAACUGGCUAUGGAGAUGGUAGGAUUUCUUCCCAAGACACGAAGACAGAUUUUCUCUCUCCUCUCAGCAAUAUUACAUUUAGGUAAUAUCUGUUAUAAAAAGAAGACAUACCGGGAUGACUCUAUUGAUAUCUGCAAUCCUGAAGUUCUGCCCGUUGUCUCAGAAUUACUAGAAGUUAAAGAAGAGAUGCUGUUUGAAUCAUUAAUUACAAGGAAGACGGUGACAGUGGGAGAAAAGCUUAUUUUACCAUACAAGCUGGCAGAGGCUGUGACAGUGAGGAACUCCAUGGCUAAAUCUCUCUAUAGUGCCCUGUUUGACUGGAUUGUUUUUCGAAUUAACCAUGCACUUUUGAAUAGUAAAGAUUUAGAGCACAAUACCAAGACUUUGUCCAUUGGUGUUCUUGAUAUUUUUGGGUUUGAAGAUUAUGAAAAUAAUAGCUUUGAACAGUUCUGUAUUAAUUUUGCUAAUGAACGUUUACAGCACUACUUUAAUCAGCAUAUCUUUAAGUUGGAGCAAGAAGAAUAUAGAACUGAAGGAAUCAGCUGGCACAACAUAGAUUAUAUUGAUAAUACCUGUUGCAUAAAUCUUAUUAGCAAAAAACCAACAGGACUACUCCAUCUUUUAGAUGAAGAAAGCAACUUUCCACAAGCUACAAAUCAAACAUUACUAGACAAGUUUAAGCAUCAGCAUGAAGAAAAUUCUUACAUCGAAUUUCCAGCUGUGAUGGAGCCUGCUUUCAUCAUAAAACAUUAUGCUGGAAAAGUAAAAUAUGGGGUAAAGGAUUUCCGGGAGAAAAAUACAGAUCAUAUGCGUCCAGACAUUGUAGCUCUUCUGAGAAGUAGCAAGAAUGCAUUUAUCUCUGGGAUGAUUGGACUUGAUCCUGUAGCUAUUUUCCGGUGGGCAGUUCUCCGAGCCUUUUUCCGAGCUGUGGUUGCUUUCAGGGAAGCUGGGAAAAGACACAUUCAGAGAAAAAUUGGACAUGAUGAUACAGCGCCCUGUGCAAUUUUGAAAAGUAUGGAUAGUUUUAGCUUUCUCCAACACCCAGUCCACCAGAGGAGCUUAGAGAUUCUGCAGAGGUGCAAGGAAGAGAAGUACAGUAUAACCCGGAAAAAUCCCCGAACACCUCUUUCUGAUCUUCAGGGCAUGAAUACUCUAAAUGAAAAAAAUCAGCAUGAUACAUUUGACAUUUCCUGGGAUGUUAGACCCGGGAUUCGUCAGAGCAGGCUACCAGCUAAUACCUCCUUGUUUGAUAAAGAUGGGAUAUUUGCUAAUUCAGCUAGCAGCAGACUUCUGGAAAGAGCCCAUGGAAUUCUCACGAGAAACAGAAACUUCAAAUCCAAGCCUGCACUUCCAAAGCACUUGCUGGAUGUAAAUUCUUUGAAGCAUCUGACUAGACUGACCCUGCAGGAUCGCAUUACCAAGUCUCUUCUUCAUUUGCACAAGAAGAAGAAACCUCCCAGCAUCAGUGCCCAGUUUCAGGCAUCAUUAAGCAAGCUGAUGGAGACACUAGGUCAAGCAGAACCAUAUUUUGUGAAAUGCAUUCGCUCUAAUGCUGAAAAGCUGCCUUUAAGAUUCAACGAUGCCUUGGUACUGAGACAGCUCCGAUACACAGGAAUGCUGGAGACAGUUCGGAUUCGCCAGUCAGGAUACAGCUGCAAAUACUCUUUUCAGGAUUUUGUGAGCCACUUUCAUGUACUUCUUCCUCGAAAUAUUAUUCCAUCCAAAUUUAACAUUCAGGAUUUCUUUAGGAAAAUAAAUCUUAAUCCAGAUAGUUACCAAGUUGGAAAAACCAUGAUCUUCCUAAAGGAGCAGGAACGACAGCACUUACAAGAUCUGCUGCACCAAGAAGUGCUCCGUAGAAUCGUGUUGUUGCAGCGAUGGUUCCGGGUGUUGCUGUGUAGACAGCAUUUCCUCCAUCUGAGACAGGCAGCCAUUGUUAUCCAGAGAUUCUGGAGGAAUUACCUAAAUCAGAAGCAAGUCAGAGCUGCAGCUGUGCAGAAGGGUGCUUUUGUCAUGGAUAGUGCAGCUACUGUCCUCCAAGCAUCCUGGCGUGCUCAUUUAGAGAGGCAGAAGUACUUGGAGCUACGUGCUGCAGUCAUCAUCAUCCAGCAAAGGUGGAGAAACCUCUAUAGGCACAGGUACAUGGCUGCUACCUGCAUACAGGCAAGAUGGAAGGGCUAUAGGGAAAGUAAGCGGUAUCAAGAGCAAAGGAAUGCAAUUAUUCUUUUGCAAUCAACAUGUAGAGGAUUCGCAGCAAGACAAAGAUUUAAAGCCUUAAAAGAACAGAAGCUAAAAGAAACAAAACUAGCACAUGGAUUGAUGAAUAUCAAGGCAUUUGGAACUCUGGAAAUUCAGGGUUCAGACCCUUCAGAAUGGGAGGAUUGUUCCUUUGACAGCAGAGUGAAAGCCAUAGAGGAAAGUAAAUCUGUGAUGGACAGUAAUCGCCUUAGCCGAGAUGGUUCAGUGGAGGGCUCAGAAGAGUCUCUAGAUAAGAGGCAGGAGAGAGCCAGAUGUCAAAGUGGUAUGGACUUACAGCAAGAGGUGAUUGUCAGAGAAAGACCGAAGUCAUUGGAGGAUCUCCAUCAGAAAAAAGUAGGACGAGCCAAAAGAGAAAGCCGGAGAAUGAGAGAGCUAGAGCAAGCUAUAUUUAGCUUGGAACUGCUGAAAGUUCGUUCUCUUGGUGGUGUGUCUCCUUCAGAGGAACGGAGAUGGUCUACAGAACUGAUGCCUGAAGGCCUCCAGUCUCCACAGGACACCCCAGAUAGUGAAAGCUCUCAAGGAAGCUUGGAACUUCUAAGCUGUGAGGACAGUCAGAAGAGCAAGUUAGAGUCCGUAAUUUUAGAUGAAGGACACUUGCAAGUUUCAUCACCAAAGAUGUCUCACAGUCUAAAAUCCGAUGCACAGGACAAUUCCUUCAGUGCCUCAAGUAAGACCAGUUCUGUGUGGAUUCAGAAAGGAGCAUCCCCUGACUCAGACCCCUUAAAGAAUGGGACUGUGCAGGAAAAGCGGGUCUGUGGUUCUGAACCUAUCACCUGUAAGCCACAGCAGAGAGACUCUUCCAUGUCAAAUAGUUUGCCUACAUUUUUUUAUAUUCCCCAUCAAGACACCCUGAAAACAAGUUCCCAGCUAGACACAAGUGUCCAAAGAAACAAACAUUUGGAAUACAACCAUACACUGGGGACAGCUCAUACUUUAGAUUUCAGCAGAGAACCUAGAAAGUCUCACUUCUCAGGAGACCAAGUGGUUCCUUCUUGGAAUAUGGAUUCUUCUAAUAAUGUGCUUAAGAAAUUAGAAAAACUAAACACAGAAAAGGAAGAAAGGCAAAAGCAGUUGCAGCAGCAGAAUGAAAAAGAAAUGAUGGAGCAGAUUCGACAGCAAACAGAUAUUCUAGAAAAGGAGCGCAAAGCCUUCAAGACAAUUGAAAAGCCAAGAGCUGGAGAGUCUUUCCCGACACCAUCAUUCUGUCAGUCAAAGCCAAGAGCAGAGAGGCCAUCCUCUUUGUUUAUCCCAAGUUCCCCAAAUAAGGGAGAACCUAGUGGACUAGCGUCCCCAUCAGUAUCUGUAAAAGAUGCUGUUUUUACCCCAAAAGACACUCCUUCUGCUCAUUUACCUCUGAAGGACCGACCUGUCACACUUUUCUUUGAAAGGAAAGCAAACCCUUGCCAAUCUAGUAAUGUCAAACAAUUGUCCAAGACACAAAGAAUGGACACCCAGCAGGAUAUUGCUUGUAGACUCUCUAAUAAUCGAAUUUCAAAAAGAGAACACUUUAGACCAGGUCAGACUUAUGGCCACAAGUCUGAAGACUCUUCCAGAGAAGGAAAUACAGGGGCCAUUUUCUUCACAUCAAAAGACAGUACAAGUAUUCCUAUUGUCAACAAGGAAGCAUUAAGCAGUGGAAAUCCUCAGGUUCAUAAAAAAGAUGAACCAGCAUGGAAACCUCUGAAGUUAGCCGGGCCAGGUCAGCGAGAGGUUGCCAGACCGGCCCAUAAAAAGAAAGCUCGAAUGGCGCGGACGCGCUCCGAUUUCUUGACUAGAGGUACUUUUGCCGAUGGGGAGGGGGACACAGAGGAAGAUGAUUACGAUGACAUAAUUGAGCCCCAUCUCUCCCUUGACCAAGCUUCUCACUCUGAGCUAGGGUCUGCAUCCACCCUGGGUCAGGCCUCUCACAGUGACUCCGAAAUGACAUCACAGCGGUUUUCUUCAGUUGAUGAACAGACAAAGAUUCAUAAGACUAUGUCUCAAGGAGAGAUCGCAAAGUUGGUGGUGAGACAGAAGUCUUCAGAUUCGGAUAUAAGGCCUCAGAGAGCUAGGAUGAGAUUCUGGGCCAAAGGGAAGCAAGGAGACAAGAAGACCACAAGAGUAAAACCUGCCAUCCAGUCGGAGGUUCCAGCACUCUGUGCUGGCUCAGAUGUGAUUCCUGCUCAUCAGUUUCCAGAGGUUGUAGAGUUACCUCAGUACCAUCCAACACCUCCUUUGAGUCCAGAACUGCCUGGUGGUGGCCAUAAGGAGUUCAAAGAGAACAAAGAACCUUCUCCAAAAGUGAGGCGCAGGCGAAGUGUGAAGAUCAGCAAUGUGGCUAUGGAUUCCAUACACUGGCAAAAUGACUCUAUCCAAAUCAUAGCAAGUGCUAGUGACUUAAAAAGCAUGGAUGAGUUUCUUCUGAAAAAGAUGAAUGACCUUGAUAAUGAGGACAGCAAGAAGGAUACAUUAGUAGAUGUUGUAUUUAAAAAAGCCCUGAAAGAAUUUCGGCAGAAUAUCUUCAGCUUUUAUUCAUCUGCAUUGGCGAUGGAUGACGGGAAAAGCAUACGGUAUAAAGACCUCUAUGCACUGUUUGAGCAGAUUCUGGAAAAGACCAUGAGGCUCGAACAGCGUGAUUGGAGUGAAUCUCCAGUGAGAGUUUGGGUCAACACUUUCAAAGUGUUUUUAGAUGAAUACAUGAAUGAAUUCAAGACUUCUGAUAGCAUAGCUGCCAAGGUGCCAAAAACUGAAAGAAAGAAAAGACGGAAAAAAGAAACUGAUUUGGUGGAAGAACACAAUGGUCAUGUCUUUAAGGCCACUCAAUAUAGCAUCCCUACUUACUGUGAAUAUUGUUCUUCUCUGAUAUGGAUAAUGGACCGAGCCUCAGUUUGCAAAUUAUGUAAGUAUGCUUGCCAUAAGAAGUGCUGUCUGAAAACCACAGCUAAGUGCUCUAAAAAGUAUGAUCCAGAGCUGUCACCUCGACAAUUUGGGGUUGAGCUCUCCCGUUUGACCAGCGAGGACCGAACUGUUCCUUUAGUAGUGGAAAAGCUCAUAAACUACAUUGAAAUGCAUGGACUUUAUACUGAAGGUAUUUACCGGAAGUCUGGCUCAACUAAUAAAAUCAAGGAGCUUCGACAAGGUCUAGAUACAGAUGCUGAGAGUGUAAACCUAGAUGACUACAACAUUCACGUCAUUGCAAGUGUAUUCAAACAAUGGCUUCGAGAUUUGCCCAAUCCACUCAUGACCUUUGAACUGUAUGAGGAAUUUCUUCGAGCUAUGGGCCUUCAGGAGAAGAAGGAGACGAUCCGUGGGGUGUACUCUGUGAUCGACCAGCUCUCCCGAACUCACCUCAAUACACUUGAACGCCUCAUCUUUCACCUUGUCAGGAUUGCUCUACAGGAAGACACUAAUCGAAUGUCUGCUAAUGCUUUGGCCAUUGUGUUUGCACCAUGCAUUCUCCGCUGCCCUGACACAACCGACCCACUACAAAGUGUUCAGGACAUCAGUAAGACCACCACCUGUGUGGAGCUGAUUGUUGUGGAGCAAAUGAAUAAAUACAAGGCUCGUCUCAAAGACAUCAGUAGCCUGGAAUUUGCUGAGAAUAAGGCAAAGACCAGGCUGUCGCUGAUUCGUAGAUCAAUGAAACCUGUACUAAUUGCAGUUAGAUUUAUGAGCAUAACCCGCAAUUCGGUCUCGGGAAAAGGUCGUAUCCGUCGAGGAAACCAUCCAAGUACAUCCUCUCCUGUUGUAGUGCAUUUGCCUUCCAUGUCUGAUGUCCCAGAAGAGAUGUUGGGUAGCGAGGCAGCCAUGGAGACCGAUGUCACAGAACAACAGCAAGCAGCCAUGCAGCAGGAGGAAAGAGUGCUGACUGAGCAGAUUGAGAACCUGCAGAAAGAGAAGGAGGAACUAACGUUUGAGAUGCUUGCACUGGAACCCCGUGCCUCUGAUGAUGAAACCCUUGAGUCUGAGGCCUCCAUUGGGACUGCUGAUAGCUCAGAAAAUUUGAAUGUGGAGUGUGAAGGAGCCAUGUCCGAGAGAUCAGAGAGAAGCUUAGGCCUUGGCUCCCUGAAGGCAGCUACUAAGUCUGAACCUUCAGCCAAAAUGCGAAAGCAGCUAAAAAAGCAGCAGGACUCUUUGGAUUCUUUGGAGUCCACAUGUCUGUCCAACACUGCAUCCUCUCAUGGCACCAGAAAACGCUUUCAGAUUUAUUCCAAAUCUCCAUUCUACCGAGCUGCCUCUGCUGGUGAGGCCCCAGGAAUGGAAGGACCAUUGGGCCAGUCCAAAGCCCUGGAAGACAGGCCUCAGUUCAUCAGCAGAGGAACCUUCAACCCUGAAAAAGGCAAGCAAAAACUAAAGAAUGUGAGAAACUCACCUCAGAAAACCAAAGAGACCCCUGAGGGGACAGUUGUAUCUGGCCGCAGGAAACCUAUGGACCCGGACUGCAGCUCCACCCAGCAGCUGCCUCUCCUUGGAAAUAAUGAGUUCAUGGUCUGAACUGGCAGAUGCGUGUCCCCUCACGGCAAGCACACAUCACCUGUCUGGGGCCUGUUCUCGUCACCUUGCCACAACAGUCCUAAUUGUGGUUCUGCCUCCGGGCUCAGCGUAUAGCUGCCUGUGUGCUGAAUUCCUAGGCCUCCGGCGCAAGUGGAAAGGCCUCCUCGAAGCUUGCUGGGAAGGGUGCCAGCUGUGCCUUGGCUGCUGUAUUUGAAUCGAGAUUUCACUAAACAAAGCCACCUAGGCCUGGGGAUUUUAGUCAGUGAUCGUUGCCUCUCCCCUACCUUUCUUUACUUUCUCGGAGAUAGAUGUUGAACUGCUGGAGGAAAUUGUGGACCUGAGGGACCCUCUAAUCUCCAAUAUUGGAAGAAAACAGAAACAUUUCUUAACCAUGACAGCAAAAAGCCUGCAGGUUUAUUUUGAGAUUAAAGAGCCGGGGUAGAAUAGAAUUUUUUCCAAGCAUUCAUAAACAAAAAGCCUAAAGCUCUCUAUUUUAAAAUAUUUGAAAAACACUCCAUAUUAUAUCUGGGGAAAGUAAAAAAGCUGUUGUUUCCAUUAAGCCAUUAGAGCAUGUAAGAGAUACCUGGUUAUACAAUGAAGACUCGAGUACAUGCUUUGUUUUUUGAUGUCAAAAUAAUGCUGGUUUAACUCCUGGUUAGUUCCUGCCAAAUCUGUUGCAUGGGAUGAAGUUGCAGUAGCCAUACUCUUCUCAUGUUCCCUGUUCCUAAGAUCAGAUUCCUCUAGUUUUUUUUUUUUUUUUUUUUAAAUGUCCCAGAGACAUCUGAGCGAUCCCUAAAUAUGAAGGCUUCAUCCUAAUCCAUCCAGGUAUUUCACUUUGUAUAGAUUAAGCUGAAGACCGCACAUGAGCCUAUACAUCUUCUGGUGGGUUCCCACCGUGGACUUAGUGUAACCAUUUAAUCACUUGACCCCCAAGACAUACAAUACUGCAUGAAUAAGUGUUAUAGAAAGCUGCCAAAAUUCAAAGGUUUUAAUAUGACCCAUCUAACGUCUGCUUUAUUUCCCUCAGACCAUCAGUAUUAAAUAGAAGAAAAAAAUCAAGGACUACUUGAAGCUAUUUUUGUUAAUAUACUGGUUACUGAAGUUUACUGUAAAUAUGUGUAUAGUAUAUCUAUUUCUUUUUAACCUUGUGCUUCCCAGGGAUUUUCUUCCUCAGACUAGAGGCUGUUGGAUAGGGAGUGAAAGCCACUCAUCCCUGGGUUGAAGCAAAGUGUGACCAUCUUUUUAUCACUGGUGGUCUACACACCUAAGUUAUCACAAUAUUUGAAGCAUCUUAACAUUUGUGCGAUGGAAUCUGUUUUUGUUAUUUAUAAUGUAUAAAAAAAUGGAACCCUUUCUUGAGUUAAGUUCAUGAAAAUGUUUAUUUUUAAAGUUAACUACAUGCAUCUUGUCUAACUACCACAUGCACUGUUCUGAAAAAGAGCCUUUACCACCUGUAACCUGAAUUUUGGUUAUUCUUUUCAUACUUCUUUGAUUUGAAGUUACAGAAAUACUGAGUUUUGUUCAGGCAGAGUCUCUCCUGCUAUACAACACUGAACCUCAUGCCAUUGCCUCAGUGGUCCUUGGCCAGCCCCCAAGGUCAGGUCGGAGCAUCAUUCUGCAUGGCAGCUUAAAGGCAGCAUGCAUUUGUCAUCCUCCUAGUUUUGGUUCAGAGUUGAACCAGCGCAAGGAAGACUUUAAAAGCUCCAGAAUGAUGAUAGUUAAUCAGCAAACGUAAGGUUUUAUAAUUCAUGAACAUUUGCCACCUGUUCGUGUCCUGCAUGAUGAACAUUAACCUUUAAAAGUAUGAAUUUCAAAGACGGGCAUUGGUGGUAUGUGCCUGUGGUUCCAGUUAGCAGGAAGCUGAGGCAGGGGGAUUGCUUGAGCUUAGGCACUUAAUUAAGGCCAGCCUGGGCAACAUGGCAAGACCUCCAAAGCAAAGUAGGAAUAUCAGAGACUGUCCUGUGCAUGACUGUGUGCAAGGAGGGUGUGCUACUUGCCUAGCCAAUAUUCAGUUGUGCACUUUGAAUAUUCUUGGGAGAGUAGUGCACUGCUCGGCAUUGACUGUUACUUUCCACUUGUUCCACAAUGUUGUUAAAACCAUAUUUUUUAAAAAAGAUUACCCUUGUGAAUAAUUUCAUUUUUCCCAGAGGGAUGACCUGGGGAACACAUCUUGGCACAUGUUCUCCCAUCUAAAUCUUUGUGGGUUUUGUUUGUUUUGUUUCGUUUUGUUUUUUUUUUUUUUUUGGUAAGAUAAGCUUUUGGCAGUUAAAAACCAUUUAUAUAGGUCACUUUAUAGGAAGUAGUUGAUGGAUGUUAAGAGACUUUAUAAUUUUUCUCAGGGACCUAAAACCUGAAUUUGGAUAAAAUUAAAUAAAAAAAUUGUUUUUUGGUUGCUAGGUUUGUGGAUUUCUAGUCAUUUCACAAGCUGCCAGGAUGGGGUUGGUUGGGAGGGGAGAUCUGGGCCAUUAUAGGAAUGUGUCACAACAAGUGUAUCCCAGCCCACACUCCUUUGAGGGAAACAAUGCUGCUCUCCUAGGAUGACAGGCGUUAUUUCCCAAUGAGAUGAAGCCAUAGCUCUUACAAACUGUUAGGGAAAAAAUGCUAUGUCCACUUCCCUCUGUUCUUAAUUGGCCCCCUGCACAGCGAAUGUUACAUCAGCACCAAGGGAUGCUGCAUUACAUUCACUUGUGAGUAGGAUAUUUAUCCUGAAUGUAUAUCAGAUUCGUGGUUUCCUAUUGCUUCUCCUCUGCUGCUUUUCUUUGAUCUUAAAUGUCUCAAAGGAAAUACCUGAAGGGCAGCAGUGAGGCGGCACCACAUUCAAAGCCCACACUCUGAAAUUCAGUCAGCAUCACAGUCCCAGCCCCAAAUAAAACAUUUAUCCUUCUGGUAUAUUCUUACUGUAAUUGCAUUAUGUAUCAUGGAAAUAUAACAAGCAGAGAAGUCAAAUUUCAUUCUGGAUCACAGAUUGAAGUAAAUUAGCACAGGCAGGAUUGAAGGAGGUGAUAUGCUUAGUUUGUGAUACGCUUGUUUUUUCCCACCAUUUAGAUUAUUUGGCCACUCUGGGCUUCUAGAAACACAAACAGAGAGCCAGCCUACCUCCUGUGAACCCUGCAGAGGGACCCAGAAGGACCCAAGGUCAGGAAGCUGGAGUCCCCAGCUUCCUAUAGCUCUCAGCCUGCUGAGAUCAGUGGAGACUUCUGUAUUCCAUCACAGUAGGGCACAUUCCCAGGUCAGAGCAGGGUUAUGGAAAUGUGCGGAGAAGAGGCAGGCAGUCCAGCAUGGUCCUGCUCUCUCACCUCAGAUUCUGUGGGCUGUGUGUUAACUGUGGCCCUGUGAAUUUGUACCUGUCACAAGCUCUCUGCUGACUGAAAGAGGAUUCUCAGGAUGUGUUCGAAGCUAAGAGUCUUAAUCAUAAACGGUUCGGGUGGCUUUCUCAUCUGCCUCGUCCCCUGCCCUUGGUGGGGAACUAGAAGUGGGGUCUGCAUCAUUCUGCAUUGAAAAUGUAAGUUCACCCACCUUUGUGACAACUCCUAGCUGUGUCUCCCAGCACCAUGCUGGCCUUGGGAGUAAAACCCUUGGUAUUUGUGGGAGUCCUCUGUCUUUUGUGUCCUUAAAAUAACAUGCAACCCAUUUUUAUCUGGAACCACCCCCACAUUCUGAUUCGGUGUUAAAAGUGUAACUGCAAAAGGAUUGACUUGAAGGCUCCAUUAAGUCUUGGCAAUCUCUUGGUUGAAACUUUUCAUAAAGGUCCACCAGUGGGGCUGUCGCUUUGCUGUCCCUCCAUUCCUAGUGCUUAUCAGUCUCCUUAGGUCAUACAACAGUUACACCUCUUGAAUCAAGUGUUUGUAUUUACUAUGGGAAAGGUGAACUAAAGAUUAGUAUUAUAUUAUUUUAAUGGAUUUAAAGUAAUUUAUAAGUAUGUUGUGUAAAUUUUUUAAAGACUAUGUAUUAUAAAAGGAUAUAUCCUGUGAAAUAUAAUAUCAUUUACUGUUGAAUAGAAUAAUGCUAUAAGAAUGAUUUAUCUCACCCACAGAACGGAUUACAUUCCCGAUGCAAUCAACAGGCACUUUGUAACUUCCUGUUUUAGGGGGAAGACAAGACAUCUGUAUAAAGUACAGUUUGUGUCCCUCAGAAUAUGCACUGUAUGGCUAUACAAAAGCAGCUUGAUGAACAAAUCACCCCAUGGCUCAUUAAAAAACAAAGCUUCCAGAAA